GUUUUCGGAAUUACUCGAAAGAUCUCGAACUGCCUGGAAAUUCUUGAAAUUAGUGGAAUUUUCUGGAUUUAUAUAUCAUCAGAUAUAAAAUAUGUCAUACCAUAAUAACCACCAUUAUCAACAGCGACAACAGAGAGCACAACCACCAGUGAAUAACGAACCAUUACCACCCGAUUGGGAAAUGUUGAUCGACCCACAAACUGGUUGGCCAUUUUUUGUCAACCAUCGUGAACAGAAAACGACUUGGUCAGACCCAAGGCGACACUCACAUGCGACAUCAGGUCAUCAAGAUGGAGUUCAGAUACCAAUUGUACAUGAAGGUUCAGGCCAUAAUCAAGAACGCCCUCAACAAAUGCCACCUCAGCAACAGAAUUGGGGACCACAACAAUCUGAGCCCAUGGACACUAACCAUUCAAAUCCAUCACGUCAAUUUGUAGGAAGUCCUCAUCGUUCUAGCCCACAACGUUUUUCAGAAACAGCUCGGCAUAGUAGCCCAAAGGCAAGCCCUGUAUUGCGAAGGACUGAGUUUAAACCAAGCAAAGAUUCUGGGCAAAAAGCUUGGGAGAUACCCAUAGCCCAUGGACCUGGAAAUCCACCCGAGCCUGAACGUCAGUCAAGACCUCAGCAACCUCAACAACAAUACUCAGCUGAACCAACUGCUAAACCUACUGAAGCAAAGUCAGGUGCAUUUCUUCAGAAACCAGAGGAUGUGAAACCAAGAUCUAGGUCCCCUUCUCCAGCACCUAAACUCACCCCAAUGGAGACGAUUGAGAAAGUUCUCUCGGAGGCAAUGGGGUAUCAAACACAGAUUGAAGACUUCACAGGGUCUAAACAAGAUAAACAAUAUAAAAUGUUAGAAGAAAUGUUGACUAGAUCUUUACUGAAAUUGGAUUUAGUAGAAUCAAAUGGACAAGAUGAAAUCCGACAAGCACGGAAAAAGACAGUGAAAUACAUCCAGUCCUGUUUAGACCAACUGGAGUUAAAGGCCAUGUCUAAUGAGGCCCCAUCAACGGAACAUGUAAAAGAGCAGGAACUUGGUAGUGAAUUAAAAUGUUGAUUCAGAUGUAGAUAGUACUAGUAUAUGAAAAGAAUAGUGCUACAAAGUAGUCAAUGCAAUAUAAACACAUUUCCUACAUUAAAAUUGGGGGUCACAUUAGAAUCACAGA